AAAGUGAUGGAGCAUUUUCUCAGGUUCUUGUGCAGUCAGAAUGGGAAUUAUGCCUGUAGCUUUAAGGCAGCAUAUACUUCUUGUUGGAUAAUUGUUCCAAAAGUUUUACUCGUGAGUCUGAACUUUUCUAGGGCAUUAUCUUCUAUUUUGGUACAGUAAAUAACACCCUAGUAUGCUGGCAGUGGCACAAAAUAGUUAAGAACUGUUAAGGAACUUUAUGCAUGUUCUCAUUAUUUCAAAAACCUUAUUUGCAAUGCCAUUCAUAAGGAAAGAAACAAUGGUGCUAAGCGCAGAAACUGGUCUAAAGUGUUUUGUCAGUAAGAAUUUUUGUACUGCAGAUCUCAUCAAAGUUCAGGUUGGCCAAGUGGUAGAGGUAUCUAUGCAUCAAUUUUGCAUUGGUAAAAAGGUAUAUAAGCCCUGGAAGGAGACUUGCAGUGAAGUGUCUGUAUUCAAAAUGUGGUAGUUUACAUUUGUAUAGGCACUGGUUUGUAGCUUGCUCACUAAGGUGGUUAGAUUCACUGUUUGUAGUAAGGUGCUGAUGAACAUGUUAUUUAUUUGUUUUUAAUGAAAAUAUUAAUUUGAAUUUUAUUUUCAGUCAGGUGAGGUUGAAUUCUAUCAGAAAUACUCAUUCUUUGCAUGAGGACAGUCACUGCUGUAGUUAACAUCAGCACAGAUUCGGUGAAGUGGGAGGGCUGUGAGGCAGACAGGCGAAGAGGCUUUUCAAGACCCAUCAACCAAACCCACACUGAAAUGGUGGAACAGGAAGAUGCACAGAGGCCAUAGUCUGCCUUAUGAGUAAGCUGACUCACUUCCCUAAAUCCAAAGUGAAGUUUAAGCAAAAUCACACACCUAGUUAUUGCAGCUACCCGGAAUGGGUUACUCGCUGUUUACUGUAGUAGUAAUGGGGCUGUGAAGGGACAUGCAGGGACAUCAGUGAUGCUUUCUUCCCCUUCUGCUUCUUGCACUUUCUCUUGUGCUCUGUGAAAUCCUCCUGGAAGGCUUGCACUUGGCUGGAGCAGCCAGGAGAGGUCUGCUCAGGCCGGAUUGGAAAGCUAUUUGCUGCAGCACUUCUCUGCUGAGCCCCAGCUUCAUUCUGCCUUCCUCUGGCUUUGUUUCUUCUAUGCAGCUCUGCCCUCCUGUCUGCUUGCUUCUGUUGGCCAGCUGGCUGUGCAUGGGUAUUCUUCCCCUUCUCUUCUUCCAGUAUUUCUCUGGUGAAAUCAAACUGCAACUCUUUGAGAAAGAGGACCCCUGUUCCUAUGCCUUUGCAUAACCAGAACUGGCGAUACACACCAGGGCUGGCUGGGCGGCUGGCCAGCUCUCCCCCUGCCCUGUGACAGGCGUGAUGUAUGACUGCAGUGGGAGCUAGGGUCAUGUUCCGUCCUACACUUUUACUGUCCAUAGCUGUUGCCAGACUAUAAAACACAGGUAGGUUUCACAUGACAGGUUUCUGGCCUAAGAUGAUGAUCUGCCCGGAGUGUGCAGGAGUUCUGAUUGUGGGCUGGCUCCAGGACUGCCAGCCAGGUGUGCCGGCCCCAGCCUGGGCUUGCAAAGGUGCUUCCCCUCCUGAGAGGGGAACUUCAUUCCUGAAGGCUGGGACCUGCCAAGUGUAUCCUUUUAGCUAGCAGAGGGCUCCUACCAGGACAGAGAAUUACUGAUUGUAGUAAGUGUAUUUUCAGUGUCUUUCAGUUUGUUUUGUAAGACUGCAGUGCAAGUGGAGGCUUGUGCCAGGUUUUAGCCUAGUUACAGUGCCACUUACUGCUUGUUCACUCUGCCUCCACAUCUUUCUCACCUGGCUGCCUACCAGGUAUUGGCAACCUGACUCACUGAGUGAAAUGGGUUCCUGAGAAAAGCGGGUGUAUUCCCAGUUCAGGAGAAGGUAGUUGUGAUACACUGAUUUUGCUUUGCAGAGAAUGCCACAGCCUUGCUGGUUUUUUCUUUCUCUUCCUGAACAGUGUUGGCACCUUGGAAAUAUGCACGUGUGGAACAGCAAAAGCCUAUCAGGUACGAGGUUUGUCAUUACCUGUGGAAAACUAACAAUAACCACGAGACGAGGGUGAGACUAGUAUGGAACAGGAGCUUGAGGGAUGUGGCGUCAAGUUCUUGUGGGUAGGGACAAGUUAAUUUAGGGGGAAGGAGGAGUCGGCUUUUUAAAUAACUUGUCUCUACAUCUUUCUUUGCAGCCCUGCAUUGUUGAGGCAGGGUGCUAGGAUGUCCAAGUGCAUAUCAAUCACGAGCUACAAACUUUAUCUAAGAAAACAAGUUCUUUUAGGUGUUGCAUUCUAACAGCAACAUGGCCAAAGGAACAAAGGGUGAAGGAACCAAAUGGAGGGGUUGUGACUUCCAAAACCCUGGUCCCUAGUGUUUACCUCUGACCAUGGAAUUAUGUGACAAAACUCCAUAGUGAACAGAGACUGUGAGGACAGCUGGCUUUCUCCUAGCCAUGGCUUUUCUGUAGGUAACUCCUUAGGGAGCAUGAUUUGUGCAGUUUGUGUUCCAGCUCUGACAGAGGGGCUUCCAGUGUGUAAUUUUGUAUACAGUUGCUUUCACAAAGAACAGGUGGUUUUGACCAGUUCUCAGGGGGUUGUGCCCAUGCAGUGUGCAGGCGUGUGCAUGCACAUGUGCACACACAUACGUAUACCAUUUCCACCUCUGCAGAUUGCUGAGUAUCAGGUCUGCCCCAGGCUCCCACAUGGUGAUGUAUCACAAUUGCACAUUGCCCGGAAUUUUUAUUUUUUUACCACGUUGUUAUGACUGAGGCAGCCAUGUCAUGCCGUCAGCUUUUUGUCGGAUGCUGCAGCCAUGGCACAACCCUCGUGGCCUCUCUGACUAAACUGUGGUGACAAGGUCAGAAGCCAAGCAACAGCUCAGCAUGAACUGGCUGACAGCCUGCAGGACUAUGGUCUCUCAAAGCAGAUUGCUCCCAAAGCAAAGGACAAAAAUAGCCAAAUGAGGAGGAGGGCACUUACUAGGUACCUUGCUAACACACUUAAAGCUAAACCUUACUAAAUUGCAAUGCCUUGGUGUGUUUUCCCAAAGCACCUAGUAACAGCCAUCAGCAGCACCACUGGUUUGUUAAGUUGUGACUUCUCAUUCCUUUGACAAGCUGAGAAAGCAAUGUUGAGAGGAACUUUACACCUCUGCAGUACUCUGGCCAAAGGUGCUUGGUUCUGUUUGUCCCUUGUGCUGUCCUGCUUGCAUCAUGUCCCUUCUGUGGCUUUCUACAACAUGGAAAUUUCCACAUAGCCACCUCUGUCCCUCCAGCAAGACUGCAAGAUGAAAGAGAAGAAAAACUGGCUGCAGCCCUGGGUGAAGAGUGAGGAACUGACUUGUGGCAUAUUUAGCUGCCUAAAGGGGAGGAGCAGCUGUUUUCUUCUUUUACUCUUGGCCAAAUACUUCCUAUAAAACUCUGACCGUCUGUGUAGGAGACUUUUAAGUUCUGUAUUCUGAAUGCAGAGGGGGAACUAAUGGCAGAGGUUGGUGCGGUACCAGCCUGUGACCUGCAGCCUGUCUUUGAUAGAGCGAUGACUGUGCUAGACCUGCCCCAGUCCAUGGAGUGUGGCAGGUGCCUGAAGGAGCUCCUCUCCCAGUUCAGUGAUGGACCAGCCGCUCCCAUGGUCCUGGCUGUGCUCCAUGGUGUAAGAGCAGGGCGCUCACGGCAGCAUGGUGUUUGUCCUCUGCUUGAAGGUUACAGAGUCAGUGCCUUUAUGCAUCACUGGGACUUUCCUACUUGCUGCUGUUUACCCAGCUCUUAGACAUGGGGAAUUUGCCAUAAGCUGAAGAGUCUGAGUUUGGCUGCUUUUCCCCAGCUCAGCCACUGCUGGUUUCACUUGCAGUGAGCCACCCACACAGCAGCAAGAUAUAUAACAGGGUGAGAAAGCGUGGGACUGCCUUCUUGGGGUAGAAUUUCCACAACUGGCUCGGGGUUGUAACCAGUCCCUGGCUCUUGAUGCUCCAAAGAGUUGCUGUGAGAACCAGGUCUGCACUGGCUGUGGUUGGCCAUGAAGUUCAUGCUCUUGGCCCUGGGUGAGCAGCCAGCAGAGGCCUCGGGGAGCUGCUCAGGCAGGCUCAUGCCAUGCAUUCACUGACCAGUGCAUGUGUCUGGCAGGCUCUGGGCCUGAAGGUCAUGUAGGGCAGUUCAUUGCUGGGUGGUCUGCUCCCCCACUGCCUAGCUGAGGCACUCCACAGGCAUGUAGGAUGCUCUGGCACAACCCGAGGGAGGCCACGGAGCCAUCAAGUGCCUUGUUUCCUCCACAAAGGCUCAACCCAUAGUUGAGCAUGUGCUACCUAUUCCGUGGCCUCAUUCUGUGCUGUGCUGGGCCCCUGUGACAGACACCAUCUGUUUGCUAACCUGACAGAAGCAUCAGGGGUUCCUCCCUCUUCUGGCUAGGCCCCCUUUGCUGUUCUUGUGACUUGUCUUAAAAACCUCCAGCUGCGCUCCCCAGUGUAAAGGACCAACACAUUCAGCUGCUGUCCGUGUUGUCUCUAUCUUGUGCAUUACCUGCUGUUUUAACUUCUUGCUGCUUGGGCACAUCACUUCCCAACUUCUGCACAUGCACAGUGACAGGAUAAGGAGUGUGGAAACCAUGCUCUGUAGGGCUGGUCACAGAAGGCAACCAAAGAUGCAGGCAGCUUCCUCAUUUGAGCAUGAGCCUCACACCACAACCAAAGCCACCGUGGAGCAUGGAAUCCCCCGGCCCCUACAUUUUGUAGGAACGACCUUCAGACUCCUCCUCUUGUUGCUGAGUGCUGUAAAUAUUUACCAGUGCUGAUUUGGAUGCAGAUACACUGAUGUGACACAAUUUCAUUGCAUUAGUCCCUGUGCUCUACUGGAGCUAAUAACCCCAUGUUUUGGCCUUUUUAGCCUCAAAAAAAAGUUCCUGCCUUCUGCCACCUUACAAUGAACUCUUACCAGUAUCAGGAAAGCCACAGCUUCACAAAACUUGGACUGUCCCAAGAAAGUCUUGUAAAACUUUUUGGUUUCUCUAUGCAGAAAUGUAUUUUGAAUUUUUGAAAACAUUGGUUACUUUGGAGCAAUCUGUUUCCAUGAAAAUCCUGUUUAUCCCCAGCACUGUUAAUAAGCCCCAUGAUAUUGCAAGGUGCUUCUCAUAACUUUUGCUUGUUUGUCCAUCCUGCCUUUUCUCCUGAAGACACAGUACAUCCCUGCUAGUGACAUGAGAAGCCACUAACUGUGGUAGGACUUUGUGUCCUGUAGGUCUGGGAUGGAGCCAGCAAUGCUGCUGGGGUCUUCGGUCUGCCACGCAGUCAUCUCCUGCAGCUCCCUGCUUGCCACGUGGAAGCAGCAUGCGGUGCAAGCUGUUAGCUUUUGCUUUGAAACUGCAUCCACAGUCAGAGACUGAAAACGGCUAGCAUGUUUCUCACCCUACUAGAGAUGCCAGAAGCUGUCCAAGGCCCACUCAGUUGCGGCACCCAGCACCAGGUGUGGAAGGCCUGCUGGAAAACUUGUGGCCUGGUAGCAGGGAUGGGAUGUGGUGAUCAUUGACAGCUGUGGUAAAACAAAAGAUCUAGGAGACUCGGGUGAGGCUCUUGCCAUAAAUAGCUGUAUGCCAGCAGCAGAGCUCUGGUGUCGGUGCAUCCCUGCGAGCAGAGAUCUGAGGACCAGCUGAUGGAUGUUGGCUCGAAGUGGGUGGGUUUCUGCCAACCUGCAUGAAAGGAGCAGGGAGUUCUGUCAGCACUGCUGGCUGAGGUGAGCGCUGUGCUUGCUGACUGUGCACAGUCAGUGCUCUUUGGAAGUGUAAAUGCAAAAGAUGUGACCUGGGACCAGUUUGAGAAUGGCUGUGGUAGGGGAGGAUGAGGCGCAUCAGCUGAAGAGACAAGAAAAGGCUGAUGCUUAGUUUGUGAAGCUGCAGGAACCCAGCUGUGAGGCAGGGCUCUGACAGACACGGAGGGAGAGUACUGCCCACGGGCUAUCCAAAGAGGUCUAGGCUCUCAGAGGAGGGCUAUGUGGAGGCUGUCUUGGGGAGGAGUGUGCUUUCCUAUGGGCUGGAUGUAUACAGUGCAGUGAGGCAUGUGGGGAGAUGCUCAGGGCAUGUUUUGCAUGGUGCAGAUGAGGUUGGUGGGUUUGAGCCUGAGGAGAGCUGUAGGUUUCUGUUCCAGAUUGGCAGGGUGAGUUCAGAAGCACAGUCAUUCCUGUUUCUGUUUACCAGCGUGUGUCUGGUGAUUUCCUAAGAGAAGAUACGAGCCUCUGUGCGGUCCCCUCCAUGUGAGCAAGACAUACACAGUCACAGCUCUGUGAAGCUCCUGUUCAUGCAGUGUCUGCAGUCACAGCAAUGAUUUAAACAGGCCAGCCAUAGAAGUGUUGGAGGGCUGAAAAGCACAGCUGAAAGGACAGAGCAAGGGCAUCCAGUCUGAACCAACAUGAGGAACAAACUGUGGCUCCAGAGUAUUUCCUUCUUCCUUUUAUUCCAGUGCACUACGCGUUGUGAAAACCUCACUUGUUUUGUGGACUAUGUACAGACCCUGUCCUGCAUCCUGAGGAAUGACUUGGGUGCCAGUUUGUUUAACCUCACUGCAACAUGGGUUCCCGAGGAAGAUCCAGAAAAUACUGUGGCUGCCUGCAGUCUCCUGCAGUUGUCUAGGAACAGCAGUCACACCCAGUACAUGUGCACUGUGGACAUGACUGAACUCCCGGCAGAUACAAAGGUGCAGGUGGAUGCUACAGAGACAGCUGAUAGGCAACGCAUGAUUUCCAAAGGCUUUUUUAUGGCAGAGAACAUCAAACCACAGCCCCCGUUCAAUCUGACUGCUGUGUUCUCAGAAGGUUACAAUAUUUCUUGGGAAACAAUCUACCAGAACUCUCCUUUCUACUUUUUGAAUGAAGAGCUGGAAUAUCAGCUGCGUUACAAGAGAAGGACCGACACCUGGGAGACUCAGAAGACUAAAGCUGUCCAUGAAGACAAACGGACACUGGUGAUCCUGCCUUGGGAAUUCCAGGCGAACACUGAGUAUGAGUUCCAAGUGAGAGCCAGACCCCGAGAAGACACUGGCUACCAUGGGUUUUGGAGUGAAUGGAGUCCUCCACUGACAUUGAAAACCAGCCCUGCCGCAGUGACACAGACAGCAAGCAUGGGAUGGAUGCUGCUGUUUGGUGUUGUCGUGGCGAUCACUGUCUCAAUCACAACCUUUCUGGCCAAACAGCGGAGCUUAUGGAAGAAGAUGACUUGCAUCCCAGACCCUGCUCCCUUUUUCAAACCUCUUUACCUGGUACAUAAUGGAGAUUUCAAGAAGUGGGUUGGUGCCUCACACACAAAAAUGACCCUCAAUUUCUUUGAAUGGGGAAUAGUCCUUCCAGAGGUCCUAGAAGUUUACACCGUGCAUCCUUCCAACAGUACCUCACAGGAGGAGCUGCGCGAGCUGAAAAAAGAUCUGCCUUGCAAGCCCUGUGUGUCUUGCCUAACUGCCCCGGGUCAGGAUAGCCAGUCCCUGCUGUCUAGCACGAACAGUAGCAGUGUGACUCAGGACCAGUCAUACGGGCACUUGUCCAUUGACACUGUGACUGUGGCUGAUGAAUUUACACCUUGUAACUGCCCGUGCAACUGUAACCGUGUGUACAGAGGACAUGAGCAUACCGGUGAGGAAGAUAACAGUGCUGGAGAAACUGGUUACCCCAGGGUUAACGUUGACGAUGAAGACAGAAGGACAUCCAGUGGCUUGCACCUGGCUGACCUGAGCAUGCAGGACAGAAUACUUGCUUCAGGCUCUGUGUCCACAGACCACCUGGGGAGUGCAAGUGUCCCAGCCCACCAGCAAGUAGAAGGGGCUUUGGAAGGAGGGGUGGGGAGCAUCCUAGAAGCACUUUGCUUGCAGCCUGAUCAGUGGGAUUUGGAAAACGCAGGUUCCCUACCUUCUCCUGAUGGUGAGAGUGUUUCCUACAGUGAAGGCUCCUAUGACUUCUUCCCUCACAUUGCAAGGCCCGGUGAUAGUUACCCGAUGAUCUGCGUAGAUUUGGACACUAUUGACAGUGGCUUUGUGGACUCGGACUGCGGGAGUCCAGUUGACUGUGAAUUUGAGCAAAACAGUCCUCUUGAGCGGGAGGGGGAAGACUUUCCACGGAGCUACGUCAAGCAGUGGGUCUCCUGUCGCUCUGACAGCCCUGUCAGUGGGACACAGACAAACUAAGGACUUGAUGUUGCCUUGCAGAGUGUAGGACCUUUUCCAUACUGCGCCAGAAGUGGAGUGUUAGCAAAAUUCAAGAGAGAAACAGUUUAUUUUAUGUAAGCCUUAUUGCAUACAACUGAAGACUGUUAGGUCCAUAGAAAUAUAUGCCUACUUCUAUUGCCAGUUAUCCUGUUAAUGUUUCAAACUUGAUGCAUGACUGGCUUUUUUUUUUUAGAAUUUUAGGUCAAACCCUUUAUAAUAGCAGAAAAAGCAACUGUACCUUGAAAAUUACCCUUUGGCUUAUGUAGAUGUGCAAAUUUUUUGACAGCAACCUUAUAAAGAGUACAAAACUUUAAAUUAUUUUCCCUGGUAUUCUCACAUGACUUGAGAUUUUGGGUGUACGUGGAGUCUUAGAAGCAUAACCUGUGGCAAGCAUGUUUGUUACAUUAAAGUUCCCCUAUGCUUUCCAAGCAA